AGCCAUCUCACUCAAACAACCCACAUGCCUCCACACCACUCCUAUCGCGACAUGCUCACAUGCGAAACUUCCUUAUCUAUGAAGGCUCACACGACCUCAGUCUUUAUCUUUCGAUAUGACAGGACAUGAGAUACAUAUCAGAACCAUUCCAAGAUUUGAUAGCAAAACAAUUUUCAGUUAUCCAGUCAACUCCAUCGUUGAAAUAUCCAAAGUUGGUCUUCAAAUUCCCUGAGAGAGAAAUAAACCAAUACGCAACGCAAAACUAUGGCAUUCUCGGACUCUAAAGAAGGCUAUACUAGUAUCGCUGCUCCUUCAUCAACUGAAUCCCACCACGAUGUUGAGAAAGCCGCUACCACCACCACCUCUCCAAAGACAUGGGCCUACGGCACCUUCAUGAUCAAGGACGCACCCGAGGUAGAGAGCGAGAAGAUGCGUGAAGGACGUCGAGGAGCAUUCAACGCGAUCAUACUCUCGCUUGUUGCGUCGCUUCUGCUUGUUGGAGCUUUUACAUUGGGGUCAUUUGUUGUUGUCACGGUUUUCUUGGGAUAGAUUCAUGUCUGCUGUCUUUUGUGAUGAUUAGCACUGCGAGGAUGAGGUUAGUGAGUCAGAGAAGGUCAGAAUGGUUUGUGGUGGUGCUGGAUACCCGGUUGUUUCUUGAUGAGAUUAAUGAAUAUGUGUGACUUGCU